CGCUCGGGGCCGCCCUGCCCGGCCGAGCCGCGGCCUCCGUGCCCCGCGGAGCUGCCGGCGCGCCCAUGGCUCCCCCCGCGCUGCCGCUGCUGCUGCUGCUGCACCUCGCCGCCUGCUCCAAGCUCAACACCCCUAAGGUGCUGCUCCCCUUCACGCGCGGCACCCGCGUCAACUUCACGCUGCAGGCCAGCGAGGGUUGCUACCGAUGGUCCUCCAGCCGGCCGGAGGUGGCGAGUGUGGAGCCCCUGGGCCAGGACGAGUGUUCGCAGCGGGCGCUGGUGCAGGCACGGUCCUCGCAGCCCACCCGGCUCACCAGCAUCAUCUUCGCCGAGGAUACAGGGACUGGGCAAGUGCUUCGCUGUGAUGCCAUAGUUGAUCUAAUUCAUGGCAUCCAAAUUGUGUCCACAACGAGAGAGCUCUACCUUGAGGAUUCCCCCCUGCAGCUCAAAAUUCUGGCUUUGGAUUCGGAAGGGAACACGUUCAGCACGUUGGCAGGGCUGGUGUUUGACUGGACCAUAGUGAAGGACCCCGAGGCUGGAGGGUUCUCCGACUCCCACAGUGCCUUACGUAUCCUCAAGUUCCUGGAAUCCACUUACAUCCCACCUUCCUAUAUAUUAGAGAUGGAAAAAGUUGCCAAGCAAGGAGAUACCAUUCUGGUGUCUGGAAUGAAAACAGGGAGUUCUAAAUUAAAAGCAAGACUACAGGAAAGUGUCUAUAAGGAUGUACAUCCUGCAGAAGUCAGAUUGCUUAUUUUGGAAAACAUCCUUUUAAAUCCAGUAUAUGACAUUUAUCUGCUGGUAGGAACAUCAAUUCAGUACAGAGUUCAGAAAAUGAGGCAAGGGAAGAUCACAGAAAUAGCGAUGCCAUCAGAGCAGUAUGAGCUGCAGCUCCAGAACCACGUCCUGGAUCCCGAGGGAGAUCCAUCCCGGCCCGUUGCCAGCUUGGACCAGGCAACAUCCACUGUCACUGCAUUGCAGCAGGGCCACACCAACCUGCUCCUGGUGCACAAGAGUAUCCACAUGCAGGGGGUGUCCAGGCUGCCCAACAGCACUAUCUAUGUGGUAAAUCCUGGAUAUUUAGGAUUUACAGUUCAGCCAGGUGACAGAUGGGUCCUGGAAACGGGCAGGCUGUAUGAGAUUACAAUCGAUGUGUAUGAUAAAUCAAGCAACAAGGUGUAUUUGUCUGAUAACAUCAGAAUUGAUGCUGAGCUGUCCAAGGAGUACUUUGAGGUGCUGCAGUCAUCUCUGAAUGGAUCAUAUCAUCAUGUGAGGGCAGUGAAGGAGGGGCAGACCAGCAUUGAUGCUGCCCUGACUGCAGUGGUCGAUCAGGAUGGAGGGGUUCACACGUUACCAGUUCCGGUGCGGAACCAGCAGGAUGUGGAAAUCUAUGUUCCCAUAGUUCUGUCACCCAGUAUCCUGACAUUUCCUUGGCAGCCAAAAGCAGGAGUCUACCAGUACACCAUCCAGGCUCGAGGUGGAAGUGGAAAUUUCAGCUGGUCCUGUUCUAACCAGGCUGUUGCAACAGUGACAGUCAAAGGAGUAAUGACGACUGGCAGUGAUACUGGGAUCAGUGUUAUUCAGGCAGUUGAUGUGCAGAAUCCCUUGCAUUAUGGAGAAAUGAAGGUGUAUGUCACUGAACCCAGUGGGAUGGAAUUCACUCCCUGCCAGGUGGAAACACGUGUUGGGCAAACCCUGGAGCUGCCCCUGCGGCUCAACGGCCUCACGACGGAGACGGGCACGUUGAUCCCCCUGCGGGACUGCUCCCACCUGGCUCUGCAGGUGGAGGUGGAGAACCAGGGCGUGUUCAGCCCACUCCAAGGAAGACUUAAGCCAACUGCUGAUUUUUGCAGUGGAGUCAAAGUGAGAGCUGAAGCUCAGGGGUACACAACCCUGGUGGUGAGCUACACCCACGGGCACGUCCACCUCAGCGCCAGCAUCGCCAUCGCCGCCUUCCUGCCGCUGAGGGCUGUGGAUCCACCAUCUGUUGCUUUAGUGACUUUGGGUUCCUCCAAAGACAUGUUGUUUGAAGGAGGACCUAGACCAUGGGUCCAAGAACCUUCCAAGUUCUUCAGGAACAUCACUGCUGAGGAUGCAGAAAGUGUUUUCCUGUCUUUACUUGGCCCUUCUACUUCUCAAAACCACAACCAGCACUGGGUUAGAGUGUCGUGCAACAGCCUGGGAGAGCAGGUUAUUGCCCUGACAGUUGGGAACAGCCCCUCAGUGACCAACCCCUUCCCUGUGGUGGAAGCUGCUGUGGUGAAGUUCAUCUGUGCUGUCCCUUCCCGGCUGACCCUGAUCCCUGUUUAUGGCAGUCCCCAGCUCGACCUCUCCUGCCCUUUGCUACAGCAAAACAAGCAAGUGGUUCCUGUCUCAAAUUAUCGCAAUCCAGUCUUGGAUUUGGCUGCCUAUGACCAGCAAGGCAAUAAAUUUGAUAACUUCAGCUCUCUGCAUGUUGUCUGGGAGUCAACAAAAACAGCCUUUGCUCAUAUUGAGCCUGAUAUGCCAAUGGAGCUGAUUCUGAAGGAGGAUGGGAGUGGUCAGAAGAAAAUGCACGGCUUGCAAACUGUUGUAGUUCAUCGUGAGUUUGGGACAGCUGCCAUCUCUGCAACUGCCACUGGGUACCAGCAAUCCCACCUCAAGGCAGCCAGAGUGAAAACACAGUAUGAAGCUCUGCUCCCAGUGUCUGCCACCAUUGAGCUGAUCCUUGUGGAGGAUGUCAGAGUGAGCCCUACUGAUGUCUCCAUUUACAGCCACCCUGACAUACAGGCAGAACUUUUCAUCAGAGAAGGUUCUGGAUAUUUUUUCAUUAACACCAGUGUGCCAAACAUUGUGAGAGUGACCCAUGAGGAGACUCGAGGUGUUGCUUUGGUGCAGCCUCUGCUUCCAGGAUCAGUGACUGUAAUGAUUCAUGACUUGUGCCUGGCUUUCCCUGCCCCAGCUAAAGCUGAAAUCCAUGUGUCUGAUAUCCAAGAGCUGUAUGUCCGAGUUGUUGACAAGGUGGAGAUUGGAAAGACAGUGAAGGCUUAUGUCAGAGUUUUGGAUGGCUCUAAGAAACCUUUUCUGGCAAAAUACUUCACUGUCAUGGACCUCAGUCUAAGAGCAGCAUCUCAGAUUGUCUCACUUGUCCCCCUCAGGGAAGCUCUGGAUGACCACACUGCUGCUUUCCUCGUGCAUGGCAUGGCCAUUGGGCAGACGAGUCUUAUGGCAACUGUGGCUGACAAAAAAGGACAAAGAAUCAACUCUGCUCCACAGCAGAUUGAAGUCUUUCCCCCAUUUAGGCUGCUGCCAAGGAAAGUGACCCUAAUUAUUGGGGCCACGAUUCAGAUCACUUCUGAAGGAGGCCCCCAGCCGCUGUCCAACAUCAUCUUCUCCAUGGACGAGGAGCGCGUGGCGCGGGUGAACAGCACGGGGCUGGUGCAGGGCGUGGCCGUGGGCAGUGCCACGGUCACAGCAGUGGUGCAGGCUGUGGAUGCAGAGACAGGGAGACUCGUGGUGGUGUCUCAGGACAAGGUGGAAGUGGAAGUGGUACAGCUGACAGCUGUCAGAAUUCGGGCACCCAUUACCCGGAUGAAAACUGGUACUCAGAUGCCAGUUUAUGUCAUGGGCAUCACCAGCAGUCAGACCCCUUUCUCUUUUGGCAAUGCUGUGCCAGGGUUAACGUUCCACUGGUCCGUCACAAAGAGGGACACUCUGGAUGUCAAGACAAGGCACAGUGAGGCUUCUUUUCAGCUUCCUGCAAAAUACAACUUUGCAGUGGAUGUUUAUGGCAGAGUAAAGGGAAGAACAGGCCUCAAAGUAGUUGUGAAGGUCCUGGAUCCUGCAGCCAACCAGUUCUACAACAUGGCACGAGAGCUGUCCGAUGAGAUCCAAAUUCAGGUGUUUGAAAAACUUCACCUAGUCACUCCAGGAGUGGAAGCAGAGCAGAUCUUAAUGUCACCAAAUUCCUUUAUUAAACUUCGGACAAACAGGGACCGAGUGGCUUCCCUGAGAUACCGUGUUCUGGAGGGACCAGAUAAAGUUCCUGUGGUGAGAGUUGAUGAGAGAGGUUUCCUUAGGUCUGGGUCUUUGACUGGAACAUCAACACUGGAAGUGAUUUCCCAAGAAUCCUUUGGGACCAACCAGACUGUCGUGGCUGCUGUUAAGGUGUGCCCCAUCUCAUACCUGAGGAUCUCCAUGAGUCCCAUCCUGCUCACACAGAACAAGGAGGCCCUGCUGGCUCUGCCCCUGGGUGUGACACUGACAUUCACUGUCCAUUUUCAUGAUAACUCUGGAGAUACUUUCCAUUCACAUAAUUCUGUGCUCAACUUGGCAACUAACAGAGAUGACUUUGUGCAGAUUGGGAAAGGAGCCACCAACAACACGUUUGUGGUGCGGACUGUGAACGUGGGGCUGACCUUGCUGCGGGUGUGGGAUGCAGAGCACAGUGGCAUUGCAGACUAUGUGCCCCUGCCUGUCCAACAUGCCAUCUUCCCUGAGCUCCCAGACGUGGUGCUGGGGGAUGUCCUCUGCCUCAGCUCCUCACUCACUACCCAGGAAGGCCUUCCUGGUGUGUGGAGCUCCUCCUCCAGUGCUGUUCUUCUCAUUGACUCCAAAACUGGUGUGGCCCUGGCCAGGGACUCUGGGCUGGCCACUGUCUACUAUGAGAUCCCUGGGGUACUGAAAACAUACAGAGAGGUCCUGAUCACUGCUCCCCAGAGGACCACAGCAAUGCAUGUCAGUGGGCUGCACACAAGCUCACAGGGAGCUGCAGCCUCCAGAGUCAUAGUUUCAAUUGGGGAAAGAAAUAAAAAUUUGAAAGGGGAGUGCUUGCCCACUCAGGUUGAAGCCAUUGCUGAGUUACAACCACAGUCCAUUCUGAGUUGCCACCUGGAUUUUAGCAGUGACAUGUUUGACUUCUCAGCACGGGAUGUUUUUACAGCAGAACCUGGCUUUGAUGCACUUUCAGGACACUACACGUGCUCCAUCUCCAUGCACAGCCCGUCUGAGAAGCAGCUGAAGCAGCUGAGCAGGAGCAGAGCCACGCUGCGGGUCACGGCCGCGCUGCGGGGCAGCCCCUCCCCGGGGCAGCAGGGCAGCACAGAGGUGCCCUUCAGCCACUGGUUCUAUGCUGACCAGACAGAAAUGCUCCUGAGCAACCAGUACGUGAGCUCAGACCUCAGGAUAUUUGGGGCCACUGACAUUCUGGACACCCUGGAGGUGAAAUGUGGAUCCCCAGCAGUGAAGGUGCUGGAGAAGGAGAAGUCCUACGAGCUGCCCAGUCACGUGGUGUACACUGUCAGCCUGGCUGAUCCCAGAGUUCCCAGCCAGGGCUCCUUGUCCACCACCCUGACUGUCUCCAGCCCCAUGACUGACCAGUCCAUCACCAUCCCAGUGACAGUGGUUUACCUGACUGACAGAACCACUGCGCCAGUGAGAUAUGAAGCCAGUCUCUUCCAGCACUUUGUUGAGUCUUACCAGGUGAUGAUCUUCACUCUUUUUGCACUAUUAGCAGGGACAGCUGUUAUGAUCAUAGCCUAUCAUGCCUUUUUCUCACCAAAUGGACAGCACACUCACCCUGUGUUCACCCCAAGGACAAGUCCUCAGCACACCCUUAACAGUCUCAGUGUGUCACCUGCUCUUUCCUUCAGUUCUCAGUGCUCCAGCAGGAGGACAAGCCCAUCACCCACGCUCUGGAGCACAGGUUAUGCCUCUCGGUAGAGCACCAGGACUCACCUCCAUGCACUGGGGCUGCAAAAUAGAUCAGUGCCUUGGCAAAUUUGAGAACUUCAGCAGUUGUGAUGUAAUUCAAGUCUUUUCUUGAAUGUAACUAGUCCUUAAGUUAUUUUUCUUUUUAUAUUUAGGGCUCUGAAUUUAUUUUUUUAUGUCAGUGCUUCAGUUCUCAAAAACUUGUUUUGUCUCUUGUUUGAUGCUCAGUGGCAGUGCUGCCUAGACAAAAAGCAGUAUUCAUAUUAAGCUGGCUUCCUUGCACUCUUCAGCAGCUAGAAGUUAUGUCUAAGUUAUACUAUUAGCAAUUUUUUAUUUACUUUUUUGUAAAUCAGAUUUAUUUUUAAUGAACUUUUUAAAAAAGGGAACUAGAAAAACAGAUGAAAUAUGAGCCAAAAAAUUGAAGGAUUGUAUAUGUCAAAGAAGUAGUUUUUAUUUUGAGUUCCAAAGACUCAGGAAUGUACUGCACUGAUAAGUGUUCUUAUGUUUAGCCUUACAAUGGGAUUCAUCAGCACAAUAUGCUGAUUCAGCAUGAGGAAUGCUGGAACAACUGUGAAUAAUUUGGUGGUUUUUUACAACAACAAUAAAAUAAAAAGAAACCCAAAAUGUAGUAUGGCUUCCUUUGGGUACAACUGCAGUAUUCAUUGGUACUGUAAGCACUUUUUUGGACUGGGACUAUGUUAUUUGAUUCUGUAUUUUUUAAUAAAGCUUUGUAAGAUUC